GACCGUGGUGAAGAGAGGACGGCUGUUGCCGCGCUCGCUCAAUUCCCGCGCCAUAACAAUGCCUGUGUUCUCUAAGGAUUGGAGAGACCCGGGUGAUAAGUGGGUGAAGACGGAUGGCGGGUGGGAGAAGGAGAAGGUGGUGUGUUGCAACCCGCUGGCCCACAUGGUGGUCAGGUUGAAUGUUGACGAGCAUCAUGAAUCAUUGGAUCCUGACGACUUGAGUAUAUUGUCCCGGCGUGGCAGUAGAGGGGAAUUGAUGGCACCACAGCCCUAUUGCCGAAUAUAUACACGCAACACUAAAGAGGUAGCUGGCUUUAAUGGCUUGGGUGAAACUUUAAAAAAGUUAGACUUCAUCAAUGCUGUUCACGACAUCAGACGUUUCCGGUACAUAUGCAAGCUAUUGGAUCUUCUCAUCACGCAGAAGCUUUCUACUCUCUCAGGCGGUGCUCAAAAGAUGCUUUUUGGUAUGUUAGAGGAGGUAGCCCAUGAAGUGACCAGUAGCCAGCAGAAUGUACAUGUUCUGCAGCACCUCCUUCAAGAACUUCGGAAAAGAUUAGAAGACUACCUGUGGGGCAACAAGCUCGGCUCCACCAUUUUAUGGGAACAGCAUUCAAGACGACUUCAGGAUAUACAUGCAAUUGCCACCACCAUUAAGAUACAACAGCCGGGUGAUGAUGUGCAUCCAACACUGCAGGAAGUACCCGAGGAGUGUAUCCGGGAAAUUUUGAUGAGACUUGAUAACCAUAAUGACAUUGCGGCGGCUGGUGAAGCAUAUAGUCUGAUGGGUAAAGUAAGCGAAGAAAAGCGUAUUUGGCGCCUGCUGUGCCGGUUUCACUGGACACCAGCCCAAAUACAACACAUUAUUCAGAUGCAUAAAGAACUCCAAGUUCAGAAGAAUUGGCGACGGGUAUAUGAUAGACUAAGAAGGACCUAUGGACUGCGGGAGGAGUAUGCAGAAAAACUUUGCCUUUGUCGGAAUUGUAGCUGUAUGUUCUGGGAGUCUUAUGGGCAUCCUUGUCGCACCGACACAGACCCCACCACCCCAAUUGAAGAUCACCUCAACGAGGUCAAGUCGGAUAUUAUCUACAUUUCCAUAACACCCCAACAGUUUCUUAAAUAUUUUCAUCUGUAGAGUACAUUUUGUGUUGUGAUAGAUAAUAUAAAAUAGAUGUUAUUUCUAGUUUUGUUACUUGCAUAGUCAGAGAUAAGAAAAUGCUUAUCAGCACUUUAUCCAGGAUUGUAGAAAGAACAACAUUGUUUGCAGCUAAGAUUUUUCUACUGUAUAAUGGUCAUUAAGACAUAAUGAUCGCACAAAUUAUUAGCGGAUAAGGAAUAUUUAGAGAGUUUCAUAUAUAAUCUAGUGGGUGUUUUUUUAUAUCAUAAUACAAAAUUCAUGAAUGUUUAACAAUUCAUGAAACAAGAGUUCAGUUAAAAGGAAAUGAAAAAUAUAUUUAUCUAGGGUGAGAAUAUGAUAUUAGACAUUACAAUAUUAUGAAAUCCAAGAAAUAAUUGUGAUAACAGAAUGGGAGGAGGACAGUUUGGUUUGCGUCUCGUGUCAUUGCACUUCUGACACGAGAAAUGUUCUUCUUUGGUUACGUAGACUACAGCACACCAUACUGUGCUCUGCCACACACAGUAGCUACACACACUACAGCACACCAUACUGUGCUCUGCCACACACAGUAGCUACACACACUACAGUGCACCAUACUGUGCUCUGCCACACACAGUACACUACACACACUACAGUGCACCAUACUGUGCUCUGCCACACACAGUAGCUACACACACUACAGCACACCAUACUGUGCUCUGCCACACACAGUAGCUACACACACUACAGUGCACCAUACUGUGCUCUGCCACACACAGUAGCUACACACACUACAGUGCACCAUAUUGUGCUCUGCUACACACACUACAGCGCACCAUACUGUGCUCUGCCACACACAGUAGCUACACACACUACAGCACACCAUACUGUGCUCUGCCACACACACUACAGCACACCAUACUGUGCUCUGCCACACACAGUAGCUACACACACUACAGUGCACCAUACUGUGCUCUGCCACACACAGUAGCUACACACACUACAGUGCACCAUACUGUGCUCUGCCACACACAGUAGCUACACACACUACAGUGCACCAUACUGUGCUCUGCCACACACAGUAGCUACACACACUACAGUGCACCAUA